AUGGCGCCCAAGAUCUCCAAGGGCAAGGAAAAGGCGGUUGACCUGCCAGAAUACGCGCGCGAAUGGCUUCUGGUGAAGGUCGACGUCCACGAAGACUGCCAGGGGGCUCUUUACCUCGAAGCUUUCGUGCGCAAGAACCUUGAACUGGUCGAGAACAAAGACCCGAACACGAUCAACAAACUCGGCGAGCUACGGGCUAUGGCGAUCAAAGAGGACGAACUGCUCAAGAGCAGGAGGCCAGGGGCUUGA